GCUAUGAAGCGGUCCAGUCAGCUGAUGCGAGCGCGAGUGCACGGCUGUCUAUAACAUCCGCCCAUUGUGACCCCAUCGACAAGCGUUAUUUUGUUCGUGCUUGUAGUCUGAAAGGUUGACGGCUGACUUCAGCGGUUAAAUCAUAAAACAUAAAAAAAUAAACAUUUCUUAAAGAUAACAAAAACCGAGCGGAUAGACAAGUGUCACUGUAAUUCGCUUUACGGAGUUGGACACUCGUGCUCUUCAUCGAAAGAACAACACGUAAUGCAGUAAGAAAAACACCGCUAUUAAUCCUUGAGAUUUCCAAACCAGCAUACAGGUAGCCAGCUCACCUCCGGUGUGUAGAUGAAUUACGAGCAGCCUCCACCGUACACAGGGCCUGGACCCACGGCUCCAGGAUACCCCCCACCCAAUGCUCCAGGAUACCCACCUCAGGGAUACCCACCUCAGGGAUUCCCACCACAAGGAUACCCUGCACAGGGAUACCAAGGAUUUCCAGCCCAGACUGACCAGCCCAACCCUGGUUACCCAAAUUACCCUCCUGGUCCCCCUGGAUCAUUCCCAGUCCAGCCAGGGUGCCAGGGAUACCCUCAACCACAGUAUGGAGGCCCAAUGUAUGGGGAACCUCCCAAAAAUACAGUGUAUGUGGUGGAGCAGGGGAGGCGUGAUGAUUCUGGGGAUCAGGCUUGUCUAACUGCAUGUUGGACGGCUCUGUGUUGCUGCUGUCUCUGGGACAUGUUGACCUAGAAUAAUACCAAUAAUAUGAAUGCACUGUGAGCCCAGCCUUCAUUUGUAACAAUAUUUUACUCCACAUUUCAAUCCUUAUGUAUGACUACUGAAUAAUGUUUUGUUGUUGUUUUAGUCACUUUUCUGUAGCCCAACCUGGAUGAUGAGCAUGAUGUGCACUGAGAGAGAUUUACACAUGAUUGCAUUGAUCUUAUUUGUAGAAGCAUAUUAAACGGAAUGUUUUUAUUAUUUGUCUGUUGAGAAAAUAAUGUCAUCUCUUUAUUAAUGAAUGCAGAAGUUAAAAUUUUGCUUGAGCAUAGACCAGAUUUGGUAAUCAAAAAUGGCCUUGCAAAGUCUAUGAAUGUAUUUAAUCUAGUCUUGUUAAGAAAUUUGUGGUGAAACAUCAAUCAAGGAAAAAUGUUUCUGUUAAUAAAAUAAUAGAAAUUA